CCCUAGAAAUAAUUGUUAGGUUUGAAAUUUUAGAAUGUAUAGUGCUUGAAAAUUGUUUCAUUAGAUUUUGGCAGGGCUUAAAAUGAGCAAUAGAAAGUCAAAAUUGGUGCAAUCGCUGGGUGAGUCGGUGCCGCCCAUCGAUCACGAGGACGUCGUCCGUUUGAUUGCCGACCAAAUUCGCCAGCCUAUGAGCGACACAAUAGCAAGGAAUUUAAGCAACAAGGAGAAUCUAAGCAUCCUGCAUCUCGAGGAUGCCAUUCAAUUCAGAGAUUCGAUGCGGAGCUUUCACGUCUCGCCCACUGCUGGAUCUAUAGAUGAAGUGAUGCCCGUGAAGGAUGAGGAUCUUGGGAAGAUGCUGGAGUCCCUGACCGAGCUGAUCCUUGGAGAGGAAGAGGAAGAGGAUGAGGAUGAUGGCGAUAAUGAUGAUUAUGAAGGGGAAGAGGAGGAGGGAGACGACGAAGAGAAUGAAUACGAUGAAAAGGAUGCGGAUGAUGGCAACGAAAAUGCUCCAAAAACCAACUCAAAUUUAGGCUGGCUAUUUUAGAUAACUGGAUGCUUAGAUAACUCCAGAUGCAUAGCAUUAAUUAAAUUUCAAGUUUAAUCUUAAA